UAUAAAAGUCAGAAUUUGUCACAGCUGAAGUUUAUAAUUUUUUACAUUUUAGAAAUAGGGUAAAUUUUAGCACUCCGAAGAAGCAGGCGCCAUGAUAUUACAGCAACAAAAUUGGCUGAGAAUGUGGCAACAUUCGGUGAGAAUGAAGCGCAGUUGUUGUUGUAAGGCUACGGACAAAUCGAUGGGCAGAGGGAACGCUCAACUGGCGACCAAGCUGCAGCAGGCAGAGUCAAUUAUUAAGCGUGCCAACAGCUUGUACAGGCCGGAGGAGCUGAUGUUGUGCUUCAAUGGCGGCAAGGACUGCACCGUGCUGCUGGAUGUGCUGGCCAAGCAGCGCGAUGCUUUGAAGCCCCUGCGCGCCGUAUGCGUCAAAUCCUUUGAUCCCUUCGAGGAGGUGGAGCAGUUCAUAGAAAUAUGCACGCAGCGUUAUUCUAUGGAUCUGCGGCGCUAUAAUGGCGUACUGAAGCUGGCCAUUGAGCAGGCGCUGGCCGAGCAGCCGCAGGUGCGUGCCGUCUUUCUGGGCUGCCGACGCAGCGAUCCCGGCUGCGCAGAGCUGUCGGAGUUGACGCCCAGCGACAGGGGUUGGCCGCCGCUGAUGCGAAUCUUUCCGCUGCUGGAGUGGAGCUAUCAUGAUAUUUGGGAUUAUCUGCGUAGCCAACAGUUGCCCUAUUGCAGUCUCUAUGAUCAGGGCUACACAUCGCUCGGGGAUCGAAGCAACACACGGAUGAAUCCCAGCCUGCUGGUCUAUGAUGACCAACUGGGAAAGCUGAUCUAUCGGCCGGCCUAUGAGCUAAGCAAUGAUAAACUGGAGCGUGCCAAUCGCGAGGAUUCGCAAAUACUCCAAUUGCAGAAACACAAUACCUAGACAAAAGUCCAAUUUAGAUCAAGUCAAAUUCAAAUUGUUCCAUUUCAAUUUUUUGCAUAUAUAUGUAUAUAUAUAUGUAUAUAUAUAUAAUUUUUUUCUUUUUUCAACUUGCGAAUGCUUUGCAAUUGGAGCAGCAAGUGUCCAAAGAACUGGGUCACACACAAACACACUCUUUCACACACACACACACACCACAUGUUUUGUUUGGCCUUAGCGCUUAUCAGAGCCCAUAUUAUAACAUAUUUUUGUAUAAGAGCUAGAAAAUUAAGUAGUAUAAGAGAAAUUCGUGUGGUGAGUAUAGGUAUCAUAGGGUAAAAGCGCAUUGAAUUGAUAGGGCAAAACUUAUAAAAAUAUAUUUAACUAUGUGCCGGUAAAAAACCAAAUUUUUUGGUACAAAACCAUUGUAAAACUAUAUUAAAAUAAAGAUGAAUUCAAAAUCAGAGUA